AUGGCUAUCCUGAAAUCUGUUCCUGGCAUUGAAGUCAGUAUCUGUUUUGAUAAUGAGCCGCUGAUCGAAUACAUCGAUCGUAGCGCGAAGGCCGAUCGGAGUACUAUCUUGAAAUAUGUCGAGGUGGUGCCAGAUAAGGAAUUCACGAUCAGAAUUACUACUGAUAAGAGCUAUAAAUGGACUAGUCCGUAUGUUGUUCUGGACAUUAUAGUUGAUGGUGUAGAAAUCAGAACCCUUCCUUACAGCCGCGAGGAGUUCGAACAAGAGUGCCAAGCGUCUUCUUCACACGUUCACAACUGUAUUGGGUCUUACGGGAUCGAAAAUGAACAGGAGGUAGUUGGCCCUUUCAAAUUCUCCAAGUUAUCUGUGUCCCACGUCGAGGAAUUGAGAGACGAAAUUGAGAAUGAUGUGUCGCGCUUCAAGAAGACGGGCGAGGUGAAAGUCGGCCUUUAUCGGGCAAAGUCUGUCAAAAAGCUAUCUGCAACCCAAGCGCGCAAGCAUUGCCCAACCUUUUGGAAGCAGCCCGAGUUGAACGAUGACUUGAUGAAAGAUGUUCAUUGGGACGCAAUCAGUAGACGUUUGGAAAGCCAGUCCCACAUUGCAAACUUGGGACCUGCCAAACCCGCCGGUGAAGAUCCAUGUAUUAGGACGGUGUACGACGCGAAAUAUAUGGAUUUCGAUCGAUCUAGGUCUGUGAAGCCCCAGGGAGUCUUCAAGUUGAGGUAUCGAUCUGAAGAAUCACUCAAGUCCCUUCUGAUCAUCCGCUGGGAUGACGCAGAAAUCAAGGGGGAGCCUAUGAUCAAGAUCGAAAGCGGCGACGAAGACGUGGUCGAAAAAGGGGCCGAAGAUGUGACUGAAUCUGUUGUCAAGCGAGAGCGCGAUGAAGAUCUGGUCGAGUCAUCCAUGCCUGCUAUCAAAAGGGCUCGAUCGAGAAGGAAUAAAACAUAG